AUGAAUGUUACGCUUUCCGAGUAUGAGAUGUAUUUUGCUCACCCAGUAUCCCAUUCUUCUCUUAUGAGGGAGAGUAGAGUUGAAGAGUUGAAAUGGAUGGAGUUAUUUCAGGAUAAUAGUGAGGUUAAUUGGCUAGCUAUGCGUGACUUGACAGCUAGUAACGAACCAACCUUCACAGUAUCGGCUAGUACCGCACCUGAGACUGAACCUACCUGCACCACCGCACCCACAGUUGAUAACGUCUGUGCUGCCCCUCUCUUUACUACCUUUCUAGUACUCGGCCCCGAGUCUCCUCAUGCUGACAUUCUUGAGGCAUUUGUAAAUCAAAUGUCUACUGUGCCUAUUUCUAGUAAAGUACAAGAGGCAUUAUCUGAUUCAAAAUGGGGCAGUGCUAUGAGUGAAGAGAUCCAAACUCUUGAGAAAAAUAAAACCUAG